AUGCUCAUCGCUGGUGCCCCUCGUCUUCCGAAGACUAAAUUCGUCUGCCCUCGUCUGAGUUCAGCCGAUGUUAGUCAUCUUCGAGCCCAUCACGUCGAUACUCAAGCCUUGUCAUUGGAUCAAGCCUUUAACGGCCAAUUCAUUGAUAUGAUUUUGGGUAACGACCUGUUACCUCGAUUAUUAGGGAGAUCGAAGAGGCUGUUGCUUCCUUCCGAAAGAUUCGUGGAGUUAACACCGUUUGCUCCUAUCAUCUUUCCCCCUCCUCGUUCUUCACUUCCCCCGGACGAGAUCAGCAGCGACCAAGUUGAAGCGUUUCAUUGUGAAAGCUUCAUCGGGUCUUUGAUGACUCAGACGGAUUCGAAGGAUCCCGUCGAGCGUCUCCACUCGGAGAUUUCUCAGUUAUGGAAUCUUGAGAAUUUGGGUAUCGAGGAACCUGGGCCAAUUGAGGGGAAAAAGACGGAAACAAAGGAUCUCAUUGCCGAGUUCAAAAAGAACAUCCGGUACACUGAAGACGGUAUCAUUAUGGUAUCCCUUCCGUGGAACGGGAAGCAGAAACGCCUCGCGUCAAACCGCGGAGUUGCUGCUAAACGGUUAGAGCAGCUUAUUCUCUCUCUGAAAAGAAAGAAGAAUUUGAUGCAAGAUUAUGAUGAGAUCCUAAAAAAGCAACUAGCCAGCGGUAUUAUUGAAAUAGUCACACCAGAGAUGGAUAACAAUACAGAUCCAGUGUAUUACAUUCCCCAUCGAGUCGUAGUGAAGGAAUCUUCGCUUACGACAAAGUUGCGGAUUGUACUCGAUGCGAGCAGUAAGAAAGGGGGCGAGCUCAGUCUUAACGACUGCCUCGACCCUGGACCGUCCAUGCUUGUUGAUCUCUUCGACAUUCUCAUUCGCUCUCGUUUACCGGAUUACCUGGUGGUGGCUGAUAUUGAAAAAGCCUUCCACCAGGUACGUCUGGUGCCCGAGGAUCGAAACUGUACUCGUUUUAUCUGGAUAAAGGAUAUAACGAAACCGCCUGUGCGCGAUAACAUUAUUGAGUACCGAUUCACUCGGAUUCCUUUUGGAAUGACGUGUUCUCCGUUUCUCCUCGCUGCCACUAUCGAUCAUUACUUAAAUGGAAUGACCGACGGCAUCGCUGAGCGGAUUCGGCAGAACAUAUACGUCGACAAUGUAAUGAUUACCUCGAACAAUAAGGCGGAAAUACAGGAUCUUCGGAUUGCCUCAAGAGACGCAUUCACCUCGAUGAAUAUGCGUCUUCGAGAGUAUAUCACGAAUUGCCAAGAAGAGAUGUCUAAAUUCCCUCGGGAUGAGAUUACAAGCGAAACGACGAUCAAGUUACUCGGUUAUCUCUGGGAUACUGUAAAAGAUACAUAUACGGUGAAACUAGCAACGUUGCUGGAGUCACACCCGACGAAACGUCAGGUGGCCUCACGCAUGGCCGAAACUUUCGAUCCCCUCGGCGUCCUAGCUCCAUUGCUGGUCUCGUUCAAGUUAUUGAUGCGAGACUUAUGGGAUGACGGUAUCGACUGGAAGACGAAAAUCCCUCGUUCCCUUCUUAACCGAUGGGAAGCCAUUAGGCAUCAAUUCUCCGAGUCAUCGAUUUCGAUUCCUCGCAUGUUGAGACCUAGUGGUAAGUUCAAGAAGAGCCAUCUUCUUGUCUUCUCGGACGCUUCCAAAGAUACCUAUGCCUGUGCAGUCUACAUACUCUAUGAGUAUGAAGGCCGGGACCCCGUGGUAGGUCUUCUGACCGCAAAAUCGAAAAUUAAGCCAUCGGCUUGUAAUACUCUUACCAUUCCUCGUCUCGAAUUACUCGCGAUUGAGAUUGGUGCGAGGAUUGCAAUGACGGUAGUUAACGCUAUGGUUUCGGAGCACCCAAGCUCCGUCAGGUUCUUUUCUGAUUCGAUGGUAGCCUUGUAUUGGAUUCUUCGUAACGAGCAAAAGAAAUGCUGGGUCAGUAAUCGUGUUAAGGCUAUUAAUGAUAAGAGCGACUCAUUGAAAUCCCUCGAGAUUCCAUCAGUCUUUCAUCAUUGCCCUACUGACCAAAACCCGGCUGAUAUUGCUACGAGAGGAAUGGGAAGCGAAGACUUAAAGAAUUGCUCUUUAUGGUUUCGCGGCCCGGACUUCUUAACGAAUCAUCCAGAUACAUGGCCCUGUCGCCUCGAAGGCAUUAUUUCUUGCCCUUCGGACUUCCGUGAACUUAUUUCCUCGGAAAUCAUUACGGCAGGAAAGAAAUCUGACAAAAAUUCUACUGAGAAAUCGGUAAAACCUACUGAGCAAUCGGUAGACUGUUCUGCUGAGAAAUCGGUAGACACUGUCGAGAAAUCGACAGACCAGGCAGAGUUCAAAGCUCUGACUGAAGCCCUUCGGGGUAUGUGUCUUACAACUCAGUGUAAGGAACAGUACGUUUCUUUCGUUCCAUUCGAGCGAAGCCACUCUCUUUCCAGAGUCGUGUCGUUUACGCACUCGACUUUGAACUGCUUAUUAAAGCUGUUCAAACGUCACGUGUGGAAGAGUCCGAUCAUGACGGAAUUCAUUGAAUCCAAAAAAUCCCUCGGUACCCCCGAUUUGGGCGUACAGAGUAGAGCGAUAGCUCGGAGACUUGUAUUCAUUGAACAUUAUAAGGAAGCGGCUAGCUCUGGGCAGGAAUUUUCGUCCAAAUUGAAUCCAGUCCUCGACGUCGAUGGCCUCUGGCGAGCCCAUCAAAGAGUUCCCUCGCCAGUUCUUGCUAGUGACACUAACAAGUUAAUUCUGGUUCAUAAGAAGCAUCGGCUAGCACGAUUGGUCGUUAUGGAGACGCACAUUAAAAACGUGCAUCUACCGGCGACAUAUCUGGUAGCAGCGCUUCGAACGAGAUACUGGAUCCAAGCGGACAAGCAACUUGCAGAUUCUGUAAUCCGCAGUUGUAUUCCUUGUCAAAGGGUUAACAACAAGCCGUUUGAGUAUCCGUUUUCACGGACGCUCCCACGGUUUCGUACAACUCCGUCUACUCCGUUUCAGCAUGUGGGCCUCGAUUAUGGUGGUCCACUGAAUUAUCGCCUAGAUGAUGGUAGCUGUAUCGGCAAGGCUUAUGUCUUGGUAUACACCUGCCUCGUCACAAGGGCAACUCACCUCGAGUUAAUUCCUGACGGGACGACGGAGAUGUAUCUGCUAGGAUUGCGGAACGCAUUCUCCAGACGGGGAGUGCCGGCCUCAAUCUACUCAGAUAAUGCUCGUACUUUCACCCUCGGCGCAAAGAUUAUUUCGGAUGACGUGAGGAAUUAUGUACCUAGUACAUCCUUCACCACGUUUCUUGCCUAUCAUGAGAUCAACUUCCGGUACAUCACCCCUCUCGCACCGUGGCAGGGUGGCAUUUAUGAGAGGGUAGUGGGUAUCGUGAAGCAUCAAUUGAGGAAAGAAAUCGGCAAGCAUCUGGAACCAUUCUUUGUAUUGACUCACGUGAUAGUACGAGUAGAAUCUAUGCUGAACAGUCGACCCUUGACGCCCAAUCCUCGUUCACUUGAAGAUUUGCCUGCUCUUCGUCCCAUGGAUUUCUUACUCCCGACCGUUCUGAUCGAUCUUCCCUCGGAACGUGACGGACUGAAUCCCGGCGAUAAAUUUGAUCCAUCUCGGAAUCCCUCGAUAACUGAGCGUCGCACCCUCGAUCACCUCGCGGGUCUCGACGAAGUUUUGGAGAGAUUAUGGGAUGUUUGGUCAGGAGCAUAUCUGGCUUAUCUGAAGGAGAACACCCAUCCGGAGAAACGUACAUCCACUUUAAAACCUCGUGUUGGACAGUUGGUGUUCAUUUAUACUGAGAAGUUCGCACGCCACAAUUGGCCUCUAGGAGUAAUUGAGACGUUAAAAAGCAGUCCCUCUGGAGAAAUCCGUGCAGCGACUGUUAGAUGCAAAGGUAAGAUCUAUGAGCGGCCAGUGAAUCAUCUGAUUCCCCUCGAAGUCUCCCCCUCGGAAGACGAUCCAGCUUUCGAGCCGGUCGAGCAAUCUGUUGAUCCUCGGGCCCCUCCGGAUCCCCCUUGCAUUGCUACGUUCCCCGUUCAUUCCAAAAGCCACAACAAGUCGAAGAACGGAGUAAUAGGACAGAAAUCGCAGAAAGUUCCAGUUGAAGGAGUCAGCGAAGUGUUGGAUAAAGCUGGUUCAAAGAUUCCGGAUGUAGGGCUUGGCCGUUCUGGCACUCCUACAGAAGGAAUUGGACUAAAGUCUAAUGGGACCGAGCCUCUCAUCGAUCCAUUGCUUCCACUAGUUUCUGAAUCUCAGCCACUAGGGGAUAGUAUGGGGUCAGGAGCGGUUCCCCCAUCUGUUAAAGGUCCGGACUUGGAUGUUAGUCGUUCAGGCACCUCCAAAAUUGGCAGCUCAGCUGCAGUUCCGUCUUCAGAUGUUGGUCGUUCAGGCACAUCUGGGGAGGGAGAGGCACGAGAGCCGCCGGAAUUGGAUACUGGUCGGUCUGGCGCAUCCAAAGGAAGGAUUGGACUAAAGUCAUCUGGUUCCGAGUACUUCCCCGAUAGUGGUAUCCCUCGAAAAGCUAAUUCUUUAGCCUUUGACGGGACACCUCGAUCCGGUAGUGCUCAGCCAGUCGAAUCUGCCACGGACUUGGAUGCUAGUCGUUCAGGCGCACCCAGGAAUAGGAUUGGACUAAAGUCAUCUGGACCCGAGUAUUUCUCGGCUACACCAGUUGAUACAGUUUCGGACGUGGAUGUUGGUCGUUCAGGCACAUCCUCUGGAAGGAGAGUAUCUCCAGGGCCGGUUUCUGAUGCUUGUCGUUCAGGCACAUCAGAAGAAGGUUAUACGAGAGAAACCCCGACAUUGGCUGCUAGUCGAUCAGGCGCAUCCAAAGUUAGGAGAGCUCCUCCUGCACCGGAUUCAGAUGCUAGUCGUUCAGGCGCAUCUGGAGAAGGCGCCACACGGAGAGUUCCUAGCUUGGAUGUUAAUCGCAACACAUCUGUUAACGAUUCUGAAAAGUUCUAUUCUAAUCCUAGAGCCCCUCGACAACGCAAAUUCGAGAAUAUGGAUGACAGGGCGAAGUCAUCAGGUUCCGCGAUCUCUCAUGGUGAUAUUGGACCCCAAGACACUGUUAAUCAGAGUCCAGGUGUCAGUUAUCCUAUGAUGUCUUCUCGUCCUGACGGCGUCGAUCAAGCGAAAGCUCGCUUACCCAGUCACCGUGUCCGGCCUUACAACCCUCGCAAAGCGAAAGCCAAGCUUGCAUGUUAUGUGAACAUAACGCAAGCAGCCGGGCCUCAGACCCCCCGGAGUGUUGACAGUCUCCUGGUCCCCGAAUCAGGGUCCUGUCCCACUCCAAACUAA